UCUUCUGACGUCAGCGGUCUCUUCCCUGCCUUCGACCUCGUGAGGCGGGCAGCGUAAAAUUUCAGUCUCUUUUCGCCACUGAGCGGAUCCGAAACCAUCCGUCAAAAUGGUCAACUUUACCAUCGGCCAGAUCCGUUCCAUCAUGGACAAGAAGGCCAACAUCCGGAACAUGUCUGUGAUCGCUCACGUCGACCACGGAAAGUCAACUCUCACAGACUCCCUGGUGUCGAAGGCUGGCAUCAUUGCCUCAGCUCGUGCCGGAGAGACCCGUUUCACCGACACCCGCAAGGAUGAGCAGGAGCGUUGCAUCACCAUCAAGUCAACCGCCAUCUCACUGUUCUACGAGCUGGCUGAGAGCGACUUGGCCUUCAUUAAGCAGGGCACGGAUGGUGCUGGCUUCUUGAUCAACCUGAUUGACUCACCGGGACACGUUGACUUCUCUUCUGAAGUGACUGCUGCCCUCCGUGUCACUGACGGAGCCCUGGUUGUGGUGGACUGCGUGUCGGGUGUUUGUGUACAAACUGAGACCGUGCUCCGUCAAGCCAUUGCUGAGCGCAUCAAGCCAGUCCUGAUGAUGAACAAAAUGGACCGUGCCUUGUUGGAGUUGCAGCUUGAGCCUGAAGACCUUUACCAGACUUUCCAGCGUAUUGUAGAGUCCGUCAACGUCAUCAUCUCCACUUAUGGAGAAGAUGAGCAUGGACCUAUGGGCAACAUCAUGAUCGAUCCAACCGCUGGAACAGUUGGCUUUGGCUCUGGACUCCAUGGCUGGGCGUUCACCCUGAAGCAGUUUGCUGAGAUGUACGCAGCCAAGUUUGCUGCCAAGGGCAACACUCAGCUGUCACCAGACGAGAACUGCAAGAAGGUGGAAGACAUGAUGAAGAAGCUGUGGGGUGACAGGUUCUUUGAUGCUUCCACUGGAAAGUUCCUUAAAAAUUCUAUUGGAGCUGAUGGCACCAGGUUCCCACGUACCUUUGUUGCUCUUAUCCUGGAUCCCAUCUUCAAGGUCUUCAACGCCAUCAUGAACUUCAAUAAGGAGGAAACUGCCAAACUGGUUCUGAAGCUGGACAUCAAGUUGGAUGCUGAAGACAAGGAAAAGGAGGGUAAGCCUCUCCUGAAGGCUGUGAUGCGCCAUUGGCUGCCAGCCGGAGAGGCCCUUCUGCAAAUGAUCACCAUCCAUCUGCCUUCCCCUGUCACUGCCCAGAGGUACCGUUGCGAACUGCUCUACGAAGGACCUUUAGAUGAUGAGGCUGCUAUGGGUAUCAAGAACUGUGACCCCAAGGCUCCAUUGAUGGUGUACAUCUCAAAGAUGGUGCCUUCCAAUGACAAGGGUCGCUUCUAUGCAUUUGGUCGUGUGUUCUCUGGAGUUGUCGCCACUGGCAUGAAAGUAAGAAUUAUGGGACCCAACUUUGCCCCUGGCAAGAAGGAUGAUCUCUACCUGAAGCCAAUUCAGAGGACCAUUCUGAUGAUGGGUCGUUACACCGAGCCCAUUGAAGAUGUGCCAUGUGGCAACAUCGUGGGUCUGGUUGGCGUGGACCAGUUCCUUAUUAAGACUGGCACAAUCACCACUUAUGAGCAGGCACACAACAUGAAGGUGAUGAAGUUCAGUGUCAGCCCUGUGGUGAGAGUUGCUGUAGAGGUCAGAAACCCUGCUGACUUGCCCAAGCUGGUAGAGGGACUGAAGCGUCUGGCCAAGUCCGAUCCUAUGGUGCAAUGCAUCAUUGAAGAGUCUGGAGAACAUAUCGUUUGUGGAGCCGGAGAGUUGCAUCUUGAGAUCUGCUUGAAGGAUCUGGAGGAGGAUCAUGCUUGCGUUCCACUUAAGAAAUCUGACCCAGUGGUGUCCUACAGGGAGACUGUCAGUGCCGAGUCCAGUGUUGUGUGUCUCUCAAAGUCUCCCAACAAGCACAACCGUCUGUUCAUGAAGGCGUGUCCCUUCGCCGACGGUCUGGCAGAAGACAUUGAGAAGGGUGAAGUUACCCAACGUCAGGACGUCAAGACCCGUGCCCGUUACCUUGCUGAGAAGUUUGAGUGGGACGUCGGUGAGGCCAGAAAGAUCUGGUGCUUCGGACCCGAUGGAACUGGCCCCAACCUCCUGGUGGACGUUACCAAGGGAGUGCAGUACCUUAAUGAGAUCAAGGACAGCGUUGUGGCUGGCUUCCAGUGGGCAGUCAAGGAGGGUGUCCUCUGUGAAGAGAACAUGCGCGCCAUUCGCUUCAACGUCCAUGAUGUGACCCUGCAUACAGAUGCUAUUCACCGUGGUGGUGGUCAAAUUAUUCCCACCGCUCGCAGAGUUCUAUAUGCAUGCGAGCUCACCGCUGAGCCCAGACUCAUGGAGCCAAUCUACCUAGUGGAGAUCCAGUGUCCUGAAGAUGCCAUCGGUGGAAUCUACGGUGUGUUGAACAGGAGGCGUGGCCAUGUGUUUGAAGGCCUCACUCACUCAAAUACACCAAUGCGUAUUACCAAGGCCUUCUUGCCUGUCAGCGAGUCAUUUGGUUUCACAGCUGACCUUCGUUCCAACACUGGUGGCAAGGCCUUCCCACAGUGCGUGUUCGACCAUUGGCAGAUCUUCCCCGGAGAUCCAUUAGACCCAACCAGCAAGCCCGGUAUUGUCAUCAGUGAAAUCCGCAAACGUAAGGGUCUCAAGGAAGGUAUCUCGUCCUUGGACAACUACCUGGACAAAAUGUAAACUUCUGGACCCCACUUGCCUCAUUCCUCACUUUCCAACAAAUUAAAGUCCACUACAUUGUGGGACUGAUUGUACAGAACACCGUGAGCACCAGUGUUUGCCAAAAGGAUUGACAAUAAUGAAAAACUACAAAAAUUGUAAACGAUAAACAAAAUAAAAAUAAAAACGAAUUA